AAUGGCGAUUUGUGUCAGCUGUAAAAACGCGCGAAUAUAGCGUCAGUUAUUACUAUUACUAAUAAACAAUCAUAAAUAUAUAUAAGUAAAAUUUUUUUUUAUCUAUUUUUCAUGCUAAGUAAAUUAUAUACACAAGAUAAAAUUUAUUUAUUGGUAUUAAAAAGUGUAAAACUAUUGUAUAAAAUAACAUUUAAAUAAAAUGACAAGUCAACACAGUCAAUUAGAUUCUUUAAAUAUUUACUUUGUGAUAUUUUCUAAACACAAAAGUGAACAAAAUUGUUCUGAUGACAUGUGGGAUGCAUUUAAUAAAUGUCAAGACAAUGACCUGUUACCACGAUGGAUAACCGAAGAUGAAUGUAAAAGAAUGAAACCCACUAAGACUGAUAUAUUUGUACUAGAGAACUUUACUGGAGAUAUUUUAAAACAUUUACAACAAUUCAGGUGCUUUAGAAUCGUUGGACCACCAUGUUUACUUCGUUGUUUUUUGACUUGCGAACCAAUACCCGAAGGUACAAGCCCUAUUUAUACAACUUCAAUGCAAGGUUUAGCAAUAACUGCAUCAGGUUUCCCAGCAGAUAUAAAAAAAGACAUUCAAAUGUACGUCGAGUAUAUGGGAGGUGUUUAUUACAAAGAUUUACGUGGUUGUGUGACACAUUUGGUAGCACAAUCAGCAACAUCAACAAAAUUUGAGAUUGCUUGUUCAACAAAUAUUCCUGUAUAUACUUACGAUUGGAUUAAAAAAGUGUGGCAGGAAAACUUGAAGACAUUUAUAUCAGCUACUGAUCCACGUUUUGACAGAUACAAGUGUCCGGUAUUUUUAAACAUUGUUGUCACGGCAUCCCACAUCGGUAAACGUGAUAAAGAAAUAAUAAAACAGUUGAUAAUGUCUAAUGGUGGUGAGUUCAUGGGUCCGUUGGAUGGUACCAAAGUAACAGCAGUAAUAACAAAUGAACAUUCGACAAAUAGCGAUAAAAUUAAGUAUGCAAUGACUCAUAAUUUGCCCUGCAUUAGACAAGAUUGGGUAACUAAGAGUGUGGAAGCUGGAUACGCAUUACCAUUUAAUGAUUAUUUAAUUACACUUAAAGGUACAUUAAAAUGUUCAACACCAGAAUCAGGAUCAACACAGGCUGCUCAAGCAUCAUUUGAUUGUUCGGGCAUGAGUGUUAUUCCUCAUUCAAGUCGUAAUUUUAUUGAUGACACUUUACAGUCGACGAUGAGCACAAUGUCAGAGACUGCGGAGCCUAAUGUGCCUAGUUAUGUAGGAAUUUUAGAGAGUUUAGAUGUAAAAGAAGCCAAGAAAGCGGGUCCGUUUCUUGACGGCUGUAAUAUUUAUCUUGCUGGCUUCGCUACUCAUCACCGUGACAAAGUAAUUAAGAUUUUAAAUGCAGGAAGUGCUACGAGAUUUGACGAUUUAUCGGACGCUUUGUCUCACGUUAUUGUUGGUGAUAAAAGUAAAGCUGCACAAGAAUUAAAAUUAAUAAAAUCAAAAGGUUUAAAUUUACAUAUAGUUACUGUAAGUUGGCUACAAGAAAGUAUAAAACUUAAAAAACCAGCUUCUGAAGAUGCUCAUCGUGUUGACAAACAAAUUACAACAACAAAAACUACAGAACCAGCCUCACCAUUGAGUAAAAAAAGUAUUCAGAUGCUUCAAAAACCACGCAGGCCACCAGUACCGCAGUUUAGUUUUGAUAAACCGGAAAACGAUGAACCGGAUAUUGUACAGCAAUAUUUAAAUAAAACUAAUGACAAAAUUAUAUCAGAGGUGCCGUUAUUCAGCAAUGAAAGGUCCAAUAGUGAUCCUAAAGUAUCAAGUCUUAGUAGAAGUAAAGUAUCCAGUGAAAAAAAAAGUAGUUUUGAGCCAAAUACUUCAAUAACACGAACUUCACAACGUUAUAUCAAUCAGACAGGUGAAAGUAAUCAGCCGACUCAGUCAACGGUGCCUGACCAAAUAUUCGAUGAUUUAAAAUUUUUGUUGAUUGGAUUAGAUGACGAAGAAUAUUUACAAAUGAGCAGUACUAUUGAAGCUGUAGGUGGAAAAAUAGUUACUAAUUCAUUUAAAGGUAUUCCUGAUUAUGCAGUUGUUCCAGUUACCGGAGCAGCAUUGAAACACACUGUGGGUGAAAUAGUGACACCUUUAUUCAUCGAAGAGUGUAUCGAAAUGGAAAAAGUCGUUGAUAUUAUGUAUUAUCACCGAGCGUUAUCUAUUCCCGAUAGUGCAAAACCACUGUCAGGAUGUGUAGUCGCUACCAGUGCAUACAGCAGCUCUGAAAGAUAUUAUUUACAACAAUUAGCAACAGCUUUGGGUGCUAAUUAUCAAGACACAUUUGCCCGUAAAACAAAUAUUGAAAAAGAUCAAUAUGCGGCAACGCAUUUAAUUUGUUUAGAACCGUCAGGUAAUAAAUAUAAUGCUGCUGUUAAAUGGAAAGUACCAGCAGUUACAGCCGAUUGGUUACGUGCCUGUGGUGAAAGACUUACGCUUGUUGAUGAAACACCAUUUUUGGUUGGUGAAGCAAUGGCACCAGAAAGAUCUAAUAAUCAAAAAUCUUCAAGCCAAUCAUCAGCUAAUCAGAUCAAUGAAUCAAUGGGACCACCUUCAACACCGGCUCAACGACAAGUCCUCACACCUAAACGUCGUUUAACUCAGACACCGGGUGUUGAAACUCCGUUGAUAAACAAGCGAUUGAAUUUAAGCGGUCAUCAAAACACACCACAGUCACCUUUUCAUGUUAAUACACCAGAAACGCCGUAUGGUCAAAUAUUUAGAACAAACCCAUCGCCGAAUUUGAGAAAAGCUUGUGCCAAGUGGAUUGACAGUCUGCCUGAUAAAGUUGAACCUCCUCAACCACGACAACGAGCACCCAGUACUCCAUUGUCGGAACUGAAAAAACAAAUGUGGUCAGCGAUGAAAAAACCAGGAGGUGAUAAAAAUGAACAGCCACUAGAUCAAGGUACACCUGAACAAGCCUCAAUAAAUUCACCGCAUCAAAGAAUAGAUUCCCCGCGUCAAACAACUGAUUCAUCGCAUCGAAGAAUAAAUUCUUCGCAUCAAAGUAUUAAUCAAGACCACACUCACAUGAGUUAUGAAGAAGAAAAUAAUGCAGAACCAGAUGAACCAGUACCAAGACAGUUAUUUGCUAAUGAAUUAGAAAAUGAAAAUAAUCCAAUUAACGAACAGCUCGAACACAUGAAUAAAUUACUUAAUUCUGCCCGUACAAGCUCUACGGAAUCGAGAUUCUCACUUAAUGGUGAUAACAAAAUUUAUGAUGAUCCUAAAGAGCAUAAUAAUUAUUUAGUACCAGAUACUCAACCAGAAAGCGUUGGCUGGGAGGAUCCAAAUCCGCCACGUAUGUCAACAUUAUUGGGUAAUAGUGUACAAACACCAAAGCAUAAAUUUAUGCUGUCGGGAUUGAAGGAUCGGCCGAGUUAUGAAGAAGCUAUAAGACAAUUGGGUGGUGAAAUAUCAACAGAUGCGCAUUUCGAUCCAACUGCAACCCAUCUUUUGUGUAUCAGACCGUCGAGAAAUGAAAAAAUGCUUGGCAGUAUUGCUUCCGGUAAAUGGGUACUACACUGUUCAUACAUACGCGCUUGUGAAAACGCUGGUGAAUUUGUUGAUGAAGAGGACUACGAGUGGGGUAAUUCACGGUGUGAGAAAAUGAAAGAAUUAACGACAGCUCAAGAGAUUGAAUUAGCCAAAGCCGCUUACCGGUGGCGUAUUCAAUUGAGUAAUAAAAAUAGCGGUGCAUUUGAAAAUAUGGUAGCAAUAUUAAUUGUCCCAAACGAAAAAUAUCAACAGUUCGAGAGACUUAUUAAUGCAGGUGGCGGUAUUGUUGUCCAAGCUAAACAUCCCUACGAUAGUCCUAAAGGUAAAAAAAUAACUCAUUGUUUCAUACAAAUUAACAAAGUUGAACAGCCUAUAGAUUGGGCGAUGUUAGCUAGCAAAGGUAUAUUGUGUUUUUUACCCCAUUAUUUAAAUUCAUUCCUAACUUCCACGGAUACUUUGAACCCACGCGACCACGUAAUCGCAGAAUUCAAAAAAUAUCUUACUCUGCUUCCCAAAUAAUUCAAUUGAUUUUUUU